UGUCUCUGCCUACACUCUCUGCAGUCUCUGCUCUGUUGCUCUGUUACUCUGUUAUUCUUCUUCUUUAGGCUAGUCUUUUCCGGUUGCCUUGCAUGAGAUUCUAGACGUUGUCAGAAUGUUGAUGCCAAAGAAGAACCGUGUUGCGAUCUAUGAAUACCUCUUCAAAGAGGGUGUCAUGGUUGCCAAGAAGGAUUUCCAUGCACCAAAACAUCCAGAACUUGAGACCAUCCCUAACCUUCAAGUCAUCAAGGCUAUGCAGAGCUUAAAAUCCAGAGGCUAUGUGAAUGAACAGUUUGCAUGGAGGCACUUCUACUGGUACCUGACAAAUGAAGGCAUCAGGUAUCUCAGGGACUACCUCCAUCUGCCAUCUGAGAUUGUACCAUCGACACUGAAGAGGCAGACUCGUGCGGAGACAGCGCGGCCGAGACCUGCGACUACACGCGGAGAGGCUAGACCUCGUGGAGGAGAGGACAGAGAUGCGUACAGACGAGCGCCCGGCGGCAGUGGCGACAAGAAGGCUGAUGUCGGCCCUGGUGCUGCUGAGAUGGAAUUCCGCGGUGGUUAUGGCAGAGGAAGAGGCGCAGCCCCACCUCCUCAGUAAUUUUAAGGUUAUGUGAAAUAAAACCAUUUUAUUACUA